AUGGCUGUCGCUGUCUCAGCUCGAUCGCACCAAGUCAGUAGCGGCUUUCCCGCUGAUUCAGCUGCAGCCUCUAGCCUCUCGAAUUUGUCAACAUCGCAACCGCCCUAUCCCGGCCGUUCGUUGCACGAUGCCGCCUCCUCAUUCGCGGAUCUUGUUCUAGGCGCUUCCAGCAGUCGCACUGUAGCAGCAGCAGGACCUGACGGCCACUCCGCAUCUCACGCCGCUUCUCACGCCGGGAUUCCCGGACAAUCCGCGGCUCGCGAAGCAGCCUCUCUCGAAGUUGACGUGUCAGCACAGCUGUCCGUCGCGGACCUGCUGACGUGUCUCUCGCGGAUUGAAGAGCGGUCCGAGCAGGUAAAAGCGGAGAUCAUACAGGAGGUGGAAGGCCGACACGAGGAGCUUCGGCAGCUGAUGUGGCAUGCGUGCCAGGCUGGCGAUGACGUGGCGGUUCUGCUAGCUGAGGUGGAUGCCCUGGCUGCCAGUGUUUCACCAGCAGAAGCCACCGAAUCCGAUCCUAGCGGAAGGGAGGGAGGAGGGAAUCAUGAAUUUGGCUCGGGACCAGCUUCGGCAACUGGCUCGGGAGCAGCACUAGGGUUCGUGGAGGAGGUGGUAAGGGCGACCAAUGAGGUGCGAGCGUUGAAUCAAGCAGCCAAUGAGAAAGCAGAGAUUCGGAAAGCAGUGGAGGAGAUUGUUCAGCUCCAAAAGAAGCAAGCGGAGAUGCAGCUACUGCUGGGGAGAGGAAGGCUCCUGGAAGCUGCGACUCUGGCUCGAUGUCUUAAAGACUCCUUUGUGGAGGGUAGGGACGGGGAGGGAGAGGGGGGUAGGCAGGGCGAGGGAGAGGGGAAAGGUGGAGAGGAGGAGCAAGGAGAGGAGCCUGUGGUGGUGACGCUGCUGCGGCAGCAAGUGGACGGCAGCUGUAAGCAGCUGCAGCACAGCCUGGAGCAGCAGCUGUGGCAGAUGCUGGUGAUUGACCCGUCCAGCCACUCCAUCCGUAUAGUCACAUCCGCUGCACUCACACCCGCCAUCACCAGUGCUGCUGCUAGUACUGCUGCUUCCACUCCUAUAGUGCACUUACCAGAGGAAACGAGGGAACUGGCUCGGUUCCAAGAGGUGGUGGAGGUCACUCGGGCGUUCGAAGCAGCUCUCAGAGCGGAGGGUUUUCUCGCCCCUCUCCCAAAAGCUUCUGCAACAGCCAGGGACAUGAAGUUAAGGGCAGGGGUAGCAGUGAAGAAAGCAGCACCUGUGGGGGACAGGCUGAUGGCGUAUGCGGCCGACGUGGACGUGCAUUUCGCAGAGAAGAAACGAGUGGCUGCUCUGGCGGCUGUGAGGCACCUGCUGCUCAAGGGAGAUUUUUCGGUUUCACGGCUGGUGGUCACUCCGGUGAGUCCAGACGUGAGCAACUUGUCGCUACAGCCCGCAGUGUUUGGGCAGCAGGUGCUGCAGCUGGUGGCGGGAGAGGCAGGCAGUGCUGCUGCUGAUGUGACGUCUGACAUGGACAACUCGGUAUUCUUCUGGGAGCCGUGCCACGUCAGCGAGCCUGUGUGCAAGAUCCUCGAAAUCGUUCACAACACCAUGGAGGAAGCUUCCCAGUCCACGGAUCGUACGGCCAUGGAGCUCUAUCGGGCUGCACGGGACAUCUUCACCCUCUACCGCGCUCUGCCGUCCUCCGCUCCUGUUGACGUGGCACAGCUGGCAAUGAUCGCAGUCAACGACCGCCUGCUGCUCAGCCACGUGUGCCUCUCCCUCGCGUUGCAGUACCGCGCGCGCCUGCCAGCUGGCGUGCGCCACGUGGCCACCUUUGCUGACGUGGCACCGUUCCUGCGCCAGCUGGCGGAGGAGCAGAUGCAGCGCGUGCUGGAGCGGCACCACGGGUAUCUCAUGGAGGCAUUGGACGGAGCACAGGGGUUCAGGAACACAGACGAAGAGGAGGUGUACCGGUGUGCGUUGCGGGCUCUCAAGCAGGUCGUCCAUCACCUGGCCCACCUCUCCUCUGUCUGGCGCCCAGUCUCACCGCCCUCGCGCUACCUCCGAGCCAUGAGUCGUCUCGUCUCUGCUGUGCUCUCCCGCUGCUGUGCGCACGUGCUCGCCCUGCCAGACAUAUCCGUCGAUGAAACCGAGCAGCUCCGCAAGCUCUUUGCAGGGAUGCUGACUCGUCUGCCUCCUCUAUUCCACGUGGAUCUCUCUGGAGCCACUGGCAGCGCCCAUGGUGCCACGUCAGCAUCUGUAGCUGCAGCUGCUGACCUGGAUGCUGACGUGUCAGAUGCUAUGGCUGACACAGCAACACUUGAGUCACUUGUUCCUGUGUAUCGCAAGCUGAGAAGACUAACAGAUUUGCUUGACAUGCCACUAGUGGCAAUCACACAGGCAUGGGAGAGUGGGGACCUGUGCCGCUGUGGUUUCACCUCUGACGAGGUAACUCCAGAACUCCUGCGUCUCUCCUCCCUCGUCGCUUCAGUCUUCAAUCAAUGCUCUACGCUCCCUCCCACCCCGGAGCCAUGGACCCCUGACGGCUUUCUCGAUGAUCCCGAGGUGGCCGCUAGGAGGCCGGAAAUGGACUCAGCCUGUGAUCUGUGGGAGGGGAAGUGGGUGUACGAGCCGGAAAUGUUCAAUGCGUCGGACAUCCGAAUGCGGCUCAACGGGCGCCGGCUGGUAUUUGUGGGGGACUCGCUGUGCCGCAACCAGUUCGAGAGCGCGCUGUGCCUCCUCGGCAUUGAUCUUCCCGAUGUCUCUGCUGUUGUCGAGCGCACGGGCAACAAUCUGACCAGGAAGGUGGACACAAUGGUGUAUGACUUCACUCAGUUCAACUUCACUGUGGAGUACCACCUCUCGCACUUCCUCGUGGGCUUCCACCGUGCUCCUCCAGACGCGCCACGUCAUAUUCGAGCAGUGGUGAACACAGACGUGGUUGACCCUCUCUUUGCUCGGAGGCUCUUUGACGAUCGGUCAGAGGGGCUGAUACUCGUGCUCAAUGCAGGCCACUGGUUCACCCCGUCUAAGAUAUCAUCUCAGAACGUUUCGUUCCUGGUGAACAACCAGACUCGUCCAGACAUCGAUGAGACCGAGGGGUUCCGCCUGGCCAUGCUGCGAGUGUCAGACUGGCUCCAGCAGUGGCCGCCUCAGGCUGCCAACGCCACAGCUGUCUUCCGCACCUACGCUCCCGCCCACUUCGCGUAA